UGCUCGGAGGUAAAUCACAUGAUUUAGCUCCGCUCAUGACAAGAAUGACAGGGGUCCACAAUUGCAUGUUAAUUAUUUUAGAAGUGACUUCAUGAUCUGUUUGUUUAUUUGAGGCAAAACAAUCCACCAUGGACGAUUCUAUUCCAUUGGCCCUCAUGCCCAAAUUAAGCACGCUGCCUAGUACAUCAAGUUCGGUGUCUGAUAAAGCACAUCCUUACAGUGUCGCAGGUCCACCACAACUAUCUCUAGUAUAUCUCUCCUCGAUACAUUUGUCAUUUAUAUUAACAUAACAUUGUAUUAGAUCAUCAACAACGAUAAUCAACUUCAACCUAAUCCCCAUCAAUUAUGGAUUGCCACAGAGAAAUGCCGCCACUAUUGGUACAGCCUCACAUUAAUAGCAAUGUCGCAACAUCGCAAUGGAAUCUUGCCUGCAUUUGCGAACCCUCGAAAUAUACUCUGGCGCGUCCCUGCGAUCCGUAAGGGCUUGAGAAGCACUUACAUAGGUCACCUCGGCUCUUCUCCAAGCAAAGCACUUUGUAUUCAAGCAUCCUCCACUUGGCGUGUCACGGAUAAUACAAGUUGCGGCCUUGAUAAAGAGGAGAAGAGGGUCCCUGGGUUACUACAGAUAGGCACUCGUGUUCCGAUCCCGUGUGCAUUUGGCGGAGAAAGUUUCCGUCGGUGGGUUGGGACUACAGAUGAAGAGAGAGACAUACCAAGUUAUCUUGGAAUUCUGGCUUUGGGCUGGUGCUAUAUCCUAUCUGCUCACUUGGUAGAGGGACAGGGAGAGGGCGCCAAAAUGAUGUAUACAACCUCAAAAGCUAUGCUUUAUCAACAAGAAGCCAGCCAUGUACGUACUCCCAUGGCGACUGUUGCUAUUGGCGAGGUCAAGGAGGAUGUUGCCCGGUGGUGGGCGGCUAUUCUAGCCCCCGGCGAAGGUUGGAAGGCCAUCGUCUCCACGAGAGACGAUGGAGAGUAUUUGGCACCUUGGUCUAUAUCUCGUGAAGACACGUACUGUGGUGGCAUUAACUGGCGGGAAAAGGUUUCAGUUACUGGGGAGUCUAACCGUUCUACCCCUCCAUCGUCCAGAGAGGCCUUCAAUCUCCUCGCUAAAUUUUCUCUGCUCCAUAACUUGGGUAGCCAAUUUCUUGUAGCACUGGCGACAGCCAUGACAUUUCCGACACACAAUUAUCACGGAACCGUUGUUCGAAUACCGUUCCCCACGGAAACCAGAGGGGAAGAGAAGAGCGCCAUUCUCAAAUCGAUCAUACCGGAAUGGGUUACAGUGUAUGAAGAGCUCCCGUUCUACAUGGCUUUGAGUUGCAAUCCCGAAGUUGUUAUAUCAAGCCUUUGUGGGAUGUUUUGGGAGGCUGGUGUUACAUGCAACCUGGUUAGCCCUUGGUUGCAUCCCAUUUUGAAUGAAGUACCAGAGGGUAAAGGGAUCAUCGAGACUCCCGGCCUUUACCAUGAAAUUCUUGCUAUUAUAUCCGGUCUUCGUAGACCACGAAUGACUGCUCUUUUCCUCGGGGCUGCGGCUAGUGGCCUGAUGCCGAUCAUUUUUGGUAGAAUCAGAAGAGGCAGACCGCCCCUUGACGCCAAUGCCUUUCCAUGGACAGGGUGUCCACAAUCUUUUAUGGAUGUUCCAGGUUCAGGUCCGUAUAUUUGUGAGGGAUCGAAUGACAAAGUUCGAAGAGAGGAUGUGUGGCGCCUUCUUUACCUCCCUCCUGUUGUCGAAGAUGACCUCUAUUACAACAGUCGUCCGUUUACACCUUGGGCGCCAUUUGGGAAUAGCAGUGUGCAAAAUUGUGUGUUUCGGGUUACCUCCCAUUUAUAUUGUUCAAGGCAUCAUCUGCAAUAUCAGCACUGGAAUUGGGAGCUAGUGGAUGGUUCAAUCUUUGAAGACCAAGGAUUCGACAAAGCUACUAUGCAAUGCUCAGACAGUUUAAAGAUUGAACAGAGAACAACUACAGAGUUUCCUACCAUCGAGAUUGAUCAGGAGGCAUCCCAGGAGGCAUCCUUGGACAUAUUUCGCUGGGUUAUGGUCAACGGCGAAGGAGUUCCUCCCGAGGAAGUAUAUAAGGACAAAUGGGUACAAGUCGAAAGUGACAGUGGCGAGGAGUCAGAUGUUGCAAACGAGGACAGCCGUGUUAUGAUAAAGGAACAGCAGAAUGGGCUGGAAGCGUGGCUUGGCGGGGUCAUUGAAGCCGCCCCAGAUAAAUUUCAAUUGAAUGAUAUAUGCUAGCGACUGUCUUCUUCCGUAGACGGUUGGCGAGGGAACUCUACCAAUAAUCAGGUUUGCCGCCUGGAUGAUCACUACAUCUUUUGCAAAUCCUGUAGUGUACACCAUUA